AUGGCGUUUAACAACAGAAAGUUUUCCAUGAAUAGGUCCACUGGAGCUCCAAGAUUGUCGUCCAAGCCAAACAGAAGAUUUUCUACUCAUGAUCCUUCUGCCAAUGAAAUGGACUCCAAGAUUCACAAGCAAUUCCGCAAUGCUCACGAAGGCCACAAAACUCACGCAGGACUUGAUCCUACCCGUGCCUCUACUGGUGUAGUCUGGUGCACCGAAAGAGCUUAUGAGCAUGGAUUUGCUGAGGAGCCUGAGAAAUGGGCAAACCUUGGACAGGGAGCUCCUGAAGUCGACGACGAAAUCGCUGGCAGUUUCAAGCGUCCCGAGAGCAUCGAUAUUACAAUGGCAGGCAGAGAGUACGGUCCUACAGCUGGUAUUAAGAGUUUGAGAGCCGCUGUUGCAAACUUGUACAAUGUACAUCACAGAGAGGGCAAAGAAAGUCAAUAUACUUGGGAGAAUGUGUGCAUUGUUCCAGGUGGUCGUGCUGGAUUGAUCAGAAUUGCCGCAGUAUUGAAUAAUGCUUAUUUGGGCUUCUUCAUUCCUGAUUAUACUGCAUACAACGAGAUGUUGUCAUUAUUCAAGAAUUUUGCGGCAAUUCCAUCCCCUCUCUCUGGAGAAGAUGGUUACCACAUCCACCCUAACAAAAUUGAGGAGGAGAUUUCUCGUGGUACCUCAGUUAUCUUGACUUCAAAUCCUAGAAAUCCUACCGGAAAGGUUGUCAAGAACCCUGAGCUUGCUGAAAUUCAAGAUAUCUGCAGAGAUAGAGCCACUCUCAUUAUGGAUGAGUUCUAUGGAGGCUAUAACUACACCAGUGAUUGCGAUGGUACCACAAUCAGUGCCGCUGAGAAUGUUGGAAAUGUGGAUGAGGAUGAUGUUUUGAUCAUUGAUGGUCUCACCAAGCGCUUCAGAUUACCUGGAUGGAGAAUUGCGUGGAUUGUCGGACCAAAGGAAUUUAUCAAAGCCAUCGGCUCAUGUGGUUCAUACCUUGAUGGUGGUGCCAAUGUUCCUUUCCAAGAGGCUGCUAUUCCUAUGCUUGAGCCUAACAAGGUUAGGGAGGAAAUGAAGGCUCUGCAAAGCCAUUUCCGUGACAAGCGUGAUUAUGUUAUCAACCGUCUUCGUGAAAUGGGUUUCAAGAUCAAGGAAGUACCUGAUAGUACCUUCUACUUGUGGUUGGAUCUCGAAGGACUUCCGGCUGCAAUCUCCGAUGGUCUUAACUUCUUCCAAGCAUGUCUUGAGGAGCGUGUCAUUGUCGUCCCAGGUAUCUUUUUCGAUUUGAACCCAAGUAAGAGAAGAGAUUUGUUUGAUAGUCCUUGUCACCAUUUUGUCAGAUUCUCCUACGGUCCAACUAUGGAAACUUUGAAGAUGGGAUUGGAUGGCAUCGAGAGAGUAGUUAAUAAAUUCACAAAGCCAGGAGAACCAUUAGAGCAGGCAAUCGAAGAUGAUGAAGAAUAG